UUACGUCCUUCUCUCAUACGUGCUGGGUUUGCGUCGUAGAGGAAGCGUGCACAUUGUAAACACUGGGAUGGCUGAAGAGGAACAAGACAUAAACGACAACAUGGGCAAUCAGCUACAGCUUGUGCCAGACAAUGAUGAAGAGGAGGAGGAUGAAGAUGAAAUGGAGACAGAAGACAGGGACAGCGAAGACCCAGAGAAGCCAAGUACUAUCACAUUUGACCCGAGCCUCCCCACUUCACACGCGUACUUGGGCUCAGACAUGGAGGAGUUCACUGGUCGCACGGUUCAUGAUGAUGACAGUUGUCAAACAAUCCCGGUCCUGCCUCAUGCGGCGCUGAUGCUCGUCCCAGGACAGACCCUCCCUCUGCAGCUGUUCAGGCCUCAGGAGGUCAGCAUGAUGCGUUCCAUCAUCCAGAAGGACCGCACCUUUGCUGUACUCGCAAACAGUGACGCUGGUGAACCAGAGGCGACAUUUGGGACUACAGCAGAGAUCUAUGCAUACAGAGAGGAGCAGGAGUAUGGCAUUGAGACCGUCAAAGUCAAAGCCAUCGGACGACAGAGAUUCAAGGUCCACGAGAUUCGCACUCAGGCUGACGGAAUCAGACAGGCAAAAGUCCAGAUACUCCCGGAGCGAAUCCUGCCUGAUCCAUUAUCAUGUGUGCAGCUCUCGACUCUGUCUAAACUCCAUCCACACCCCUCCUCCAGACCCCCCAACCAGAGCUGGAGGGAGGCUCAGAGAUGGUGGAGCAACUACCAACAGAAGAAGUUCAACUGUGCCCGAGUGACGCCGUGGCCGCCCUGGGUCUAUGCUCUGUACGAUGCAGAGACGCUCAUGAACAGAGUCAAAAAGCAGCUCCACGAAUGGGACGAGAACCUAAAAGAUGACUCCCUGCCCUCCAACGCCAUAGAUUUCUCGUACCGAGUGGCGGCCUGUCUCCCCAUUGACGACGCUCUGAGACUGCAGCUGCUCAAAAUCGGCAGUGCCAUCCAGAGGCUGAGGUGUGAACUGGACAUCAUGGACCGGUGCACCUCUCUUUGCUGCAAACAGUGCCAGGACACUGAAAUCACCACAAAAAAUGAAAUCUUCAGUUUGUCGUUGUGCGGUCCGAUGGCAGCAUAUGUCAAUCCUCACGGUUAUGUCCAUGAAACUCUCACUGUUUAUAAAGCCAAUAACCUGGGGCUGGUCGGGAGGCCCUCCACUCUGCACAGCUGGUUCCCAGGAUACGCCUGGACCAUUGCUCAGUGCCGGACCUGUGGCUCUCAUAUGGGCUGGAAGUUCACUGCCACUAAGAAAGACUUGUCUCCUCAGCGGUUUUGGGGUCUAACGCGCUCCGCCCUCUUACCCAGAAUCCCACAGGCCGAAGGCGAGGAGGCCGGGAACAACUCGCGACUCUUCUGUCUGUGACUUCCAUCCAAUUGUCUCGCCUUUGGCCCAAAAUAUAAUCCACAAAACCCUAAAGUUGGGACAGAAAUGCAGUAAUCAGUGCACUGCUCGCUGCCAGUCACCCCUUCGGCAAAAUCCAUCAUAUUUAGGAAAGGUUAAAGGUCGUUUAAAUGGAAAGGGGGCGGAUUGAAAGGGGGGCAGAUUGCAGAUUGUUGUGGAUGUGACACAACACCUGCAUAAUUCCAUGGAGAUAGAAAGUUAAAUCCAUAUUGCGGAACAUUCUCCAUGUAGAUAGAUAUGUUUUAUGCCAUAUUGCGGAAUGUUAGAGCUUAAAGUACAAAAUUUCCAUGCAGACUUGUAGGCCAAAUAGGUUUGUGGAGAUGCAAGCCCACUCACAAUACAGAUGCAUGUUUUUCAGUUCAAUAAAAACAUCCAAAAUGUAAAAAAAAGCAUGCAUUUAUUUGUUGGCUAAAAGUUUACACAGUGGGGCUUUAAGCAAAGAAACAACACACACGGCUUGGCUCCAAGGAGCAAAUUCAAACUGUUUUAUGGCAUAAAUCAUUGCACAUGGUUGUACAAAUUUGCCUUAAAACAUUGGAGACAGAUUGUGAGUUCCUAUCUGUAAGCCAUGUCGCUAAUGACUGCAACCUAGACGUUGUGAUUACAUUUAAGACAAUUAAGUGUUCAGAUGAAGUUACAUUAAAAAUUCAAAUUAGACCUUUACCACAAUAUUGGUAAAGCUUCAACUUAAAACUUAAAUAUAGUUUAACCAUGUCUUCUUAAGGAUUUGUUAACUUUGUAAAGAAGUACAGAGUUAAAGCAUCUAUCCUUCAAAUAUGUCAAUUACUGUCACUAAAAAUUCAAAGUUCAUCCCCUUUUCUUUGGUUUGAUGGAGAAAUGGACAGCAGCCUGUUGAACCAAGAGUGUAUAUUAAGAGUGUAAUAUUGUAUUUUUAUAAGUGAAAGAUAUUACCAAAUGCUUAGCCAUAUCAGGAAUACACUGGUGAUUUUGGUAUAAACAAAAUGUAGGUAGGAAAAAACAAGCUUGAUAGGAUGCAACCACAGUACUAUGUCUUUGUGUACUCUUAAAGGCCAAUCUUGUGUGCGUCACGGUAAAAAUUUAGUUGAUUUAUUUUUAGUCUCAGCGUGUGCCUAUGAUUUGUUUUGGAGUUGAUUAAAGGAGGUAGAAAUGUGAAAAUAUUGAAUUAUUUAAACUAUUUUAAUUUGUCUAAUUCAUCCCAUUUGUUACAAGAUGUGAUAUUUUGGCAAAAUAGCAGUUUGUCAGUUAUCAGCUGUAUACAUUGCUCUCGAUUAAUAUUGCCACCAGUGACAAAAUAUGUAAUGAUACUUUGUUUUAGAGACUUUCUGAUUUAAUUCCCAACCAACCCAAAUAGAUUUUCAUGGGUAUUUUGGGAACCAUUUUUUGACAAUGACAACCUUUCUUCUAGACCAAGGGUGCCACAAACCAGGGCUCACUACAGUUAGUCAUUCAUUUUAGGUCUGUAUCAUGGUGCAGUGUGAUGUUAUUGAUUAUAGUGGAGAAACUGUUUAAAUUUCCACUUAAAAACACUGUCUAUGAUCAUUUGGGCCUGUACAGCUGGAGUCCUCUAGUUUGGACAUCCCUGUUUUAGACGGAUGCCCAAUGCAGUUCCUAUUUAAAGGUGCACUGCACAACUUUUCUGCUGGAGAGUCUGUCAUCUGCUUGUCUCCAUGGAGAUGUUAUUUCUUGUCUGGAAUGUCAUUAAACAGUUCUACAUUACAUUUAUUCAAUUACAGCUUGUUUUAUAGCUAAAGGUGGUUCAGUCUCUGUGAAGAUAGAAAGUUUUGUGAAAUGUGAAACAUUCCAGGCAAAUCAAUAAUAUCUUCACAGAGAAAAGUAUUUGACGGACCUUCCACUAGAAAAGUUAUCAUACACAGUGCAUCUUUAAGCAUUGUCUUGGAUAGGCCUGUCACGCUAAUUAUUGUAUCGACUUAUCGUUCAAUAUAUGAAAGAUCGAACAAUAUAUUUUGGGGCUCAAUAUUUAUCGUGAGUACUUUUUUCUUUGCAGUAGUGAGGAGGUUUUAGCCAUUUUUCUGUGGCAUAAAGUAAUUUCAAUAUUAUUGCAGUAUAUUGCUAUAGUUUCAAAAUUGAUCUAGACAGGCCUAGUCUUGGAGUUGGAAAACAAUGAUUGGAGUAUUUCUAGUUGCUUCAUACCAAGGUUUAGGCCACUAAGAAAAAGUAUAAUCUGAAAAGUUAUAAUAUCUAGAACUAUCUCACUAUUUCACACUUUGGUCAUUAUUACAAAUUGUGUCAGUGUUACUGGAGGGCACUGUAUAUUUACAAGAAUGGUUAAUUUCUUAUCAUUAUUGAGAUUCUCAUUGUUGUUUUAUGUGUUCUUUGGGUGUUUAUGUUUGAAAGAAAUGUCUAGUUUUCUCUACAUCCUUCCAUUCAUAUCUUACAUUGUAUUGCUUUGAGGACUUUUCCAGACAUAAUACAUAACUUUAUUAGCUGAUAAAAUGCAAUUAUAAUUGUUGGUUGCAUCAAUUCUACAAUGUGAGUGGUCUUAUGGGAAAUGAAACAAACUGAACUACUUCAUUUUGCUUUUAUCAGCUCAGUCUAAGAUUUCUUCAUUUGCAAAACGCUUUGUUUAAAUCAAUAGUCUGACUCUUGUGAUUGAAAACAACAACUGUACAAUCUCAAGUAAUAAAACUGGUGUCAGUAUGUGAAA